GAAGAGACAGAAAAACAAUCUAAUUUGGAGGGUUAAUUACCAAGGAAAUGUGGGGGAAGUCAGAUCAUAGCCCUUGCAAGAGCGAGAAACAGUUUACUGUGCUCGAGAAAAGACGGACAGCUAACCAACUGUCAGAGAAAAGAAUUGGAAAUGUUGUAGUCCAGUCCAGGACACCAGUUGUAAAUCAAGCAUUAGUGGUGACAUGGAGGACAGUAAAGGCAUCGCUGAUGUUGGCCAUAUCACUUCUAGUUGCCAUGCUCUGCUACUUCAGAAGAGUGUACUCGUAUCUAGGGCGGAGAUUGAAAUGGUGGAGUGGCUACCUGCAGAGGAAAUUCAAAAAGAACCUCAGCGUAGAGGCAGAAGUUGAUCUGCUUGGAUAUUGUGCAAGAGAAUGGAAAGGAGAAACGAAUCAAGCCAAACUGAUGAAGAAGGCAUAUGAGGAGCUGGCUAGUCAACACCAUAUCAAGUGUAUUCGGCAAGUCCGAAGCGAUAACUAUAAUGCAUUAAGAUCAGUGCUGUUUCAGAUAUUUAGCCAGGGCCUCUCCUUUCCGUCCUGGAUGAAAGAGAAAGACAUCUUGAAGCUUCCUGAGAAGCUGCUGUUUUCACAAGGUUGUAAUUGGAUUCAGCAAUACAGUUUUGGACCUGAGAGAUAUACCGGCUCAAAUGUAUUUGGAAAAUUACGCAAAUGUGUUGAAUUACUAAAGACUCAGUGGAUGGAAUUGAGUGGCAUUAAAGACCAUGACAAGAGAGGAAGUAUGUGCAACAGCCUCUUCUCCGACAAAAACACAGAGUACAAGCUUUACGAAGCUUUAAAGUUCAUCAUGCUCUUCCAAGUUAUAGAAGCUUAUGAACAAGUGAAGAGUGGAAAGUGUGUGCCCAGUCCUUUUAGGCACCUUUUAUCUCAGGAGACUUCGUCUGACCCAUUGAGUUUCAUGAUGAAUCACUUGAAUUCUGUAGGGGACACAAGUGGAUUGGAGCAGAUUGACAUGUUCAUUCUCGGACACUCCCUUGAAGUAAAGAUAAAAGUGUACAGACUGUUUAAGUUUAACACCAGAGACUUUCAGGUAUACUACCCAGAGGAGCACCACAGUGAAUGGCCCGAAGUCUCCCUUCUGACUGAGAAUGACCGCCACUACCAUAUCCCAGCCUUUCAAGAAUGAGACUGAUUUGGUUGAUACAGUGUCAAAAGAUGAUUGACUUUGCAAAUAAAUUAUUAUUCACAAAUCCAA